AUGACCGAAGUCCUCUUCUCUGCUGCUUUGAAUGGAACUGAACCCAACCUGUUAUCCAUUUUUUUGUCUGCGGGAAACGCCACCACCAAGUGUUCCCUGACCAAAACUGGCUUCCAGUUCUAUUACCUGCCCACUGUCUACAUUCUGGUCUUCAUCACUGGUUUUUUGGGCAACAGCGUGGCCAUCUGGAUGUUUGUCUUCCACAUGAGGCCUUGGAGUGGCAUAUCGGUUUACAUGUUCAACUUGGCACUGGCAGAUUUUUUGUAUGUCUUGACUCUGCCUGCCCUCAUCUUUUACUACUUCAAUAAAACAGACUGGAUCUUUGGAGAUAUUAUGUGCAAGCUGCAGAGGUUCAUCUUCCACGUGAACCUGUAUGGCAGCAUUUUGUUUCUGACUUGCAUAAGCGUGCACAGGUACACGGGAGUGGUGCACCCCUUGAAGUCGCUGGGGAGGCUGAAGAAGAAGAAUGCAGUGUACAUCAGCACCCUGGUCUGGGUCAUUGUGGUGGCUGUGAUUUCUCCAAUACUGUUCUACUCGGGAACGGGGAUAAGGAAAAAUAAAACCACUACGUGCUAUGACACAACAGCUGAUGAUUUCCUGAGAAGUUACUUCAUUUACAGCAUGUGCACCACGGUGUUUAUGUUCUGCAUCCCAUUCAUACUGAUUCUUGGUUGCUACGGGCUCAUUGUGAAAGCUCUGAUUUACAAAGAUUUGGACAAUUCUCCUCUCAGGAGAAAGUCGAUUUACCUGGUUAUUAUUGUGUUGACAGUCUUUGCUGUGUCUUACCUUCCCUUCCACGUCAUGAAGACCUUAAAUCUAAGAGCCAGAGUGGAUUUUCAGACUCCACAAAUGUGUGCCUUCAACGACAAGGUUUAUGCCACCUACCAAGUGACGAGGGGUCUGGCCAGCCUCAACAGCUGUGUUGACCCUAUUCUUUACUUUCUGGCAGGUGAUACCUUUCGAAGGCGGCUUUCCAGGGCAACUAGGAAAUCAUCCAGAAGAAGUGAGCACAAUGUGCAGUCCAAGAGUGAGGAAAUGACUCUCAAUAUUUUAUCAGAGUAUAAACAGAAUGGAGAUACCAGUUUGUGAACAAAUGUGAAAGAUUUGGGAAUAGUUUGAAAAAAUCCUCCGCUUUGAGACACCGUAGUGCUACAAAUGUGUGAGGAAAAUUUUACCAGUCUCUUAAAGUUGUUUUAGGUAAAGCCGCAUUAUCUGAUCUUAGAAAAAGCUUAACAAAAUCAGUGGAGGAAUUACAAUGGAAAAUAACCUGUCAAAUUUCUGCUUUUCCUUCUCCUUACGAUAUUCUCAUUUCUUUCUGACUUGUGUCAGAUAAAGUAAAAUGAAGUAAAUCCCCU